AUGGCCCCCAAGUACGUGAAUGAGAAGGCCCAGGCGGCAAAGGACCGCAAGUCCUCCGCCAAGGAAGCAGAGAAGGCGGCCAAAGAGAAGGCGGCAGAGGACCGCAUGUGGAAGGAGGCGGGGGAGGGCGCGAAGAGCAAGGCGCAGGCGAAGCGGGACGAAGAGGCGAAGCAGCGCGCGGUGAGCAGCCGCAUGGACGUGCAUGAGACGGCAGCCAAGAAGGCGGAGGCGAAGCGGCUGGCUGAGGAGGAGGAAGCGGCCCUCUCCCGGGCCAAGCCCAAGCCCGGGAAGGUCAGCGGGCCCAAGGUGACGCACCACCAGCUGACGCUCACCAGGGAGCAAGAGGAGGCAGAGCGCGCCGAGCAGGCAAAGCAGCGCCAGCUGGCGUCUAAGCGGGAGGUCGACGAGGCAAGCUAUGGCCGGCUGGUGGACACGGCGAACGCCAACAGGCAGGACGACACUGUGGCGGCCAGCGGCGUGGAUGAGGCGAUCCAGGCACUUAGCACGCUCAGCACGGGGGAAGCCCCCGGGUCUGUCGACAAGCACCCGGAGAAGCGGGCGCGUGCGGCAUGGCAGGCGUACGAGGCGGCAAACCUGCCCUUGCUCAAAAUGGAGAAGCCUGGGCUUAAGCAGAGCCAAUACCGGGACAUGCUCUGGAAGUCCUGGCAGAAGUCCCCCGACAACCCGUUGGUGGCGGCAGGCAAGAAGUGA